UUUUCAACAGAUGACACUGUGUAUCUAGGGGAUCCCAACCUCCUAAAAGAAUACGUACUGAAUGAGCAAGGGCGAAUCUAUUCUGGCAACAAGAAUAGCAUCACAGGAAAACCCUGGAACUUUGGCCAGGUAAAUUGAUUCCUCAACUUCAGGAGAAAUACUCUUGAUGUAUCCAAACAAUAGCACACAGUGCCAGCUUUCAGCCCUCCUAAUGAUAUCACGCUAAAUGAGUUUGAUUGAGUGCCUCCCUUUAUAAGUAGAGUAACAUUUAAAGUUUUUCACAUUUAAUUUAUAUCUAAGUUUUAUUUGCAAAUUUUAAAAAUAAAUUUUAAAUAGUUUAUACACCAAUUGCAGUAUAUAUAAUAUUAACUACUAAAUGGUAAAUCAGUGUUUCUCAACCCUUACUUACAGUUCCUCAGGUUGUGACGACCCCCAACCACAAAAUUAUUUUCGAUACUACUUCAUAACUAUAGAGUAUAUGUAUUUUCUGAUGGUCUUAGGCGACCCCCUAAGAAGGGUCGUUUGACCCCAAAGGGUUCGCGACCCACAGGCUGAAAAUCACUGUGCUAAAUGAAUGUUAAUUUGUAUUUAUCAAGGGUGCUUUCACCAAGCUAGUUAGAAGGUCAUUGAGCUGAAGUAGUCAGUAGGCUGAUAUUGAUCAUUUCGAGUCAAGUUGAUAAGAUUACAUCCUUACUAUUAAAGACAAAUGGAUAGUUCUAGAUUUUUCUUGUAAGUAUGAGUGUGGAAACUGACAAUUAUUUACGCCUAGCAAUUGUCUUUGACAUCUGAACUCAAUUCCCCUUUUAAAAAACAAUUGAAUUAUAAAUUUGGUAGAGAAUACUUGUUCAACAACAGAACGCAUAUUGAUACAACCCCAAGUCAGUAAAAGAAAUAAUGUUCCUCAUAUAUACUUUAUAUAAUACAUGUGUAUAUAUUUGGCAGUUUGAGUCAUGUAUUCUUGACACGGCUCUCUACCUAUUGGAAGCGGCCGGACUCAACUGGGCUGUGAGAGGAAACCCGAUCCCUGUUGUAAGGAGAAUAUCAGCAUUGGUAAGGCUUUGAAAAUCAACAUUUUAUUUAUAUUGGCAAGUUAAUCAUGUUCAUUUUUGUCACUAUUUAAGGAUUUACAAAUACAUCAGUUAUAAUUAUAAUGUUAAAAAUUACCUUACUUGCCGAAUCACCACUUAAUUUAUUGAUAUGUUUUUCCUGUUAUAUAAAGUGAUUGAAAUUCCGAUUAAAUGUGGCUGUGAUUUUUACACUGCAAAGGUGAAUAAUAAGUAAUAUAUAAAAAAAUACUAUCAAUAUAAAAUGAAAUGCAUAAACGACUUUGUGUCCGAUUUGCUAUUUAUCUAUAAAGUUUCUCAUCAGGUUAAUUCCUCUGAUGAUGGCGGAGUCCUAACUGGAAACUGGUCAGGUGACUACACGGGUGGACGCUCCCCAUUAUCCUGGACAGGGUCAGCUGCUAUUUUAGAAGAAUUCUGGAAGACUAAACGUCCAGUGAAAUUUGGGCAGUGCUGGGUCUUCUCUGGCUUGACAACUACCAGUAAGAAUUUCCUCAUUCAUACUGACUAAUUAGGCAUGGAAAUGAGUUCUGAAAAUAAGGGGGAACGCAUAAAAUGUUUUUUUAUACAUUGCACUUCUGUUUAUUCCAUCUUAAAAAUACAGAAUGCAUUUUUUUAUUUCAAGCCCGCAAGACCUGCCUGUCUGAAAACUAUUUAUGAUAAUUUAAAUUAGUGUACGCAAAGAUCCUUUUGUAUAGAUCUACUGUAUUUAACCCUUUCAGUUUGUCGAACACUUGGAAUCCCAGCUAGAAGUGUCACCAACUUUGCAUCAGCCCAUGACACUGAUGGUUCCAUUACCAUCGAUGUACACUUUAAUAGUGAAGGAGAAAGUGAGGAUGCCUUAAACUAUGAUUCCAUCUGGUAACUUGAAAAUUUUUUAUGUUUUUAAAAUAAAUACUUACACUUUGUAAGAAUUUUUUUAAACUGACAUAAAUUCUUUAUUUUAGUUUUUUUUUAUAUUUUUAGCAAAGAAUAUGUUCCUCAUCCAUGCUCUGAUAGAAUAAAUUCAAAACCUUGACUGGUUCCUGAUCAUAAUCAUACUAUGUUUUAUAUUGCUAAAUAAUUCUCAGGAAUUUCCACGUGUGGAAUGAGGCUUGGAUGGCUCGCCCCGAUCUUCCAGCUGGUUAUGGUGGCUGGCAGGCUAUUGAUGCCACUCCACAAGAAGCUUCAGAUGGUGUGUAAUCUCAGUAUUUUUUGGCUGGGAUCAAAAUCAUAACCUACAGUUAUAAGUAAAAUUGGAUUGCUAUGAAUACAGAAAUUAUUUUUACUACAAUGAAACAAGUGUUCAAGCUCAAUGUUUUCACCUCACACACAUUAUUUUCAUUUUUUUUUAUUUGUCUUUUCUGAGAUUUCUAAAAAUUCUUUAUUCUCAUACAUUUAUGUCAGGGAUAUGAGCAAUGAAAAUAAGACAAAAUUAAAGAUAUUUGCUAAUACAAUUCAAUUUUUAAAUAAUAAUUAAUGAAGACCAAUUCAAAAUAUAUCUAUAAGUGGAAAAAAGUAGGAGCCAUGAGACAGUAUAUAGCAACAACAAAGAAAAGCAGAAAUUUAUAUUGACGAGUAACUUCAAAGACCCUUUCAUGUUUUAUUUACUGUAAUACUUGUUUCUAACAGCUGUUUACUGCUGCGGACCUGUAUCAGUAGCAGCCAUAAAACAGGGAGAGGUGAACCUACCAUUUGAUGGUCCAUUUGUAUUUGCUGAGGUCAAUGCAGAUCGUAUGUACUGGGCACCAAACGCUGAGGGCAAGCUAGAAUGUGUUUAUCUUGAUAAAAACGCGUAUGUAUAAAUAUCUUCUUGAGUAGCUUCUAUUUUUAGCUUUUAUUCUUUCAUAAUUACAUUCAAGCUUAUAAUUAUAAUAAAAUGUACUUAAAGUUAAAGUAUAUUAAAAAGGAUGUGCCAUAUUUUACCUUAAUUUAUAUACAUAAUAACAAUCAUUGAUAUAUUUUAAACUACCUGUUUAAUUUCUUAAAUCUGAACUUUAGAAAGAAGAAAUAUCAAAUAAUAUUUGAAAAUUAAUAACAUCUGUAAAUGUAACUACCAGCACAUUUUGUGAAAGAUAACGCAAUAGAAUGAUUUAAUUUGUUUAGAAUAGGCAAAAAUAUCAGUACAAAGGCCCCUAACUCAGAUGAAAGAGAAGACCUAACUAACAACUACAAGCCAGAAGAGGGUAAAUAAAAAUACAAAUAAAUGUGAAAGCUUGUCUCUUUUCCCUAUGUGAAAACUGUUUUUCUGGGUGAAAUGUCUAAAAAAAGGGGGACACAUUUUUACCGGAAAAUUUUAUCCAGAUGUUAUCACAUUUUAUUUAAUUAAGUAUAGGCCUACAUGAUUUUUUUUUAAAUUUUAGAUUACAGGAAGGAAAAUAAAAACUAAAUAAACUUAUUGAAUUUGUGUUAUAAAUUUAUUACAAUAUUUAAAUUACAAUAGACAGCUGGGAAACAAAAAAGAAACAUUUUUAAAAAAGGAUUUACAUAAAAUUACACAUUUAUAAAUUUGAUUUUUAAAAUAUAUCUGAGUGCUGUAUUGAUCAACUGUCCUUUCAUACCAGGAACUGCUGAUGAGAGAGCAGCUGUCCUAAGGGCAAACCAGGUUGGGUCCAACAGAAAAGAUAUCUACAUGCACAGAGUAAAUGUAUGAUCUUGUAGUUUAAAUAUAACUGAUACUUUAAAUUGUGGUCAAUGCUUGAAGAAUUCAUUCCAAUAAGAUUUUACAAAUUUCAAAAAAUAAUUAUAAUAUUGAAUUUGAAUAAAUAAAAUAAAAAAGAUUUUAAAUGUUUUCUUAGGAAAAUAAACUCAUGGUUAUUUUUUUUUUACAUGAAUUAAUUCUUAAUUUAAAUAUAAAAUAAUGUAUUAGAAAAAAAUUAUUUUAAGAAACAUGUCUUGAUGUUAACCAUAUCAAUUUUUAUUACUAUCAUUAUUUAUAUCCAUUGUCACUACAGGACAUUGACUUCAAUAUAGAUCAAGAUGAGAAUGCAACAUUUGUGGGAGGGGACUUUGUGCUAUCACUCAGAAUGAAGAACAGGGGAACUGAGAAGAGAGACGUCAGUGGUAGAAUUGAAGUGAAGACAAUGUACUACACAGGUGUUGCAGCAGAUCCUGUCAAGUCAGAAGUAUUUAAUGGGACUGUGAUCAAUCCAGGAGAAGGUAAAUUCAAUAGGAUAGAAAAACACUUUCAAUGUUUAUUUAACUUGAGUCCAUCGAUAAUUUGAACAUUGACUGUAUUCUGAUGAAUCUUUAGUUGAAAGAUCCACAAACUAUGGCCUUUAAAGCUAUAAGCAACCCUUUCAGAAGAAUGGGGCUCUCGUGGAAAGUUAUAAAUGUUCCAUACACUUAGGCAGAGAUUUCACUUGAAGAUUGAAACUAGAAACUCAGGUGUUCUGAGUCACAAAUUCUAUGAUUAUAAAUUUUCCAGUAGCAUGAUUGUUAAAAAACAAAGUCACCUAUUUAAACAUCAUAAUACAGUGCUUCAUUAUACAGUGCAUCAUUAUUCACCCUGUUUGAAUUUCUUGAUUAAAAUGUACCAGCAAAUUGUUUUCAUGUUCUGUGUCUAGGAAUAAAUACAGUUAUGUUAAAGAGCAUGUCUGUUAGUCGAUCCUAUAAGGAAGGGGGAGGGGGCUUUUCAUUUAUUCAUCAUGAUACUGUAGCCAUCUUCGUUAUUUUAUUGUGGACCAGAAAUCUCCCAGAAACUUGUGGCCACACAGGAGGACUAUGUUGAUAAACUUAAAGAUGGCUGCAUGUUGGAUGUCACCAUUUGGGCAGUAGUGAAAGAAACUGACCAGCACUACACCAAAAAGGAUGACUUUAGACUCCGCAAACCGCAUCUUACUGUCAAGGUGGGAAUAAUUCAAAUAUUUAAUUCUUUUUACAUGGAAAUAUUGUGGGGGUUGCAUUUGGUGAAAGGGAGAUUUAAAAGAUAUGGAAGAGGGGUGACUAAGUAAGUAUAAAUGAUUUAGUCUAGAUCUGUAUAUUGUUCAAUAUGUAAAAGAAAGCUGCUAAAGAUAGAUAAAUCUUUUUUUUUCUUAUUUUAAUUUUUUUAGUGUGGGGGUUAUCCAUAAAGGAUGGGGGUCACGAAUAUGUGUUACAAAUUUGAAUUUGUGAUGCUGGUGAGAAGGGGGUCAAAUAUCAGGAAAAAAAGUGGGGUGACUUGUAUAGAUGGUCCCAGAUCUGAAUUAUUUUAUUUUUUUUUUUGCUUAGGCCCCAAGUGAUGCUGUUGUUGGUCAAGAGAUAAAAGCUGAGGUCUCCUUCAUGAACCCAUUGAACAGAGAACUGACCAACAGUUUCAUAGUGGUGGAUGGCGCAGUCCACUCACUUAAGUUCCCUCAAGGGUAA